AGUUCUCGGCCUCUCCAAUCCGUUUCCGGGUGGAAAUAUUUGCUCAUGAAGUAAAAGUCUUGCUUGCAAAUUCAUUUGGGGGGAAACGAACUUUCCGGCCAAAAACUUUCAGCUCACAGAAUGUCCCGAGGCUCGAGUGCAGGGUUCGACCGACACAUCACCAUCUUUUCCCCCGAGGGGAGGCUCUAUCAAGUCGAAUAUGCUUUCAAGGCUAUAAACCAGGGCGGCUUAACGUCGGUAGCGGUCCGAGGGAAGGACUGUGCAGUUGUUGUAACACAAAAAAAAGUACCGGAUAAGCUUCUGGAUGCCUCCACAGUGACCCACCUCUUCAGAAUAACAGACAACAUUGGAUGUGUAAUGUCUGGGAUGACGGCUGACAGCAGGUCUCAGGUCCAGCGAGCUCGCUACGAGGCGGCCAACUGGCAGUACAAGUACGGCUACGAGAUCCCGGUGGACAUGCUGUGCAAGAGGAUCGCCGACAUCUCGCAGGUCUACACGCAGAACGCAGAGAUGCGACCGCUGGGCUGCUGUAUGAUCGUGAUUGGCGUGGACGAGGAGUACGGCCCGCAGGUGUACAAGUGUGACCCGGCCGGCUACUACUGCGGCUUCAAGGCCACCGCCGCCGGAGUGAAGCAGACAGAAGCCACCAGCUUCUUGGAGAAGAAAGUAAAAAAGAAACUGGACUGGACCUUCGAGCAAACGAUCGAGACGGCCAUUUCUUGUCUUUCGACUGUCCUUUCCAUUGACUUCAAGCCCUCUGAGCUGGAGGUGGGCGUUGUGACAACACAGGAGCCCAAGUUCAGGAUCCUGACAGAGUCUGAAGUAGACGCCCACCUCAUGUCGUUGGCAGAGCGGGACUGAGCGGGCGCCGAGACGCCACCUGUUUGACUGACGCAGAGCAUGAUGGGAAGUGCAGUUUUCCCAGAUGGAAGAUGGUGUUUAUCUUUGUUUGCUGUACAUUUAUCCUCUGUCCCCCUCUCCUCCAUAUGAUUUCAUUCAACAAUAAAACAAGUUUUUGGAGUAA